GUAAAAAAUGAAGGCCAGAAAAGGAGGGAGAUUUAGAUCUUCCUUUAAAUUGAAGCAAAAAGGCAUUCAAGUAGUAGGGGAAUGGAAAAGCGUGCCGAUCGACCCCAAUCUGUUUGCUGAGGAGGAGUUUCGAGAUAUAGUGUGCCUGGAGGAACUCACAGAGUACAAGCUAGUCAGUUCUUCCAAAAUAGGGAAAGUAAAAGAGAAGAAGAGAAAGGCUGAGAGUGCUUCUGAAGAAGGCAAUGAGGAGGUGGAAGAACCUGUUGCUCCUCCAAAAAAGAAAAAGAAAAACAAAGAUUUGAGGAGCCAAACAGAUAAAGGCAGUAUUCCUAAUGCAGCAGAAAUUGAUGACAAAGAGGCAAAGUGUAAUGAAAUAAUUGAAGAAGCUAAUUGUGAAGACCGUGGACGUGUGACUGAGAGCAUGUCAAGCAGAGGAGACACUCCAAAGAAGAAGAAAAAGAAGGUGCCUAAAAACAAGGAUUUUCAAGCACAGGAAGCUGUUCCAUCAGUAGCUACUUCUAAAAAAGUCAAAAACUGGACAACAGAAGUUUUAUCUGCCUCAGCUGAUCAAAAAGCUGAUGUGUCUGCUUGGAAAGACCUGUUUGUACCUGAGCCAGUGCUGCAGGCCUUGAGCUCCCUGGGGUUUAGUGCUCCAACUCCUAUCCAAGCCUUAGCCUUGCCUUCUGCCAUCCGGGAUAAUAUGGACGUUCUUGGUGCUGCAGAAACAGGAAGCGGCAAAACGCUUGCAUUUGCAAUUCCGAUGAUUCACUCUGUGCUGCAGUGGCAAAAAUCAAAUAACUCAACAACCAGAAAUGACAGUGUUUCUAAAGAGUCCCAUCAGCAUCAUGAUGAACCAAGAUGGGAAAAUGAGGAUGAAGCAGAAAAACGAACCCAUCAGCAGGCUGAAGAUAGCGGAGAUGAAGAUGAUGCAUCUUUCACAACAGGCUGUGUGAAGGUGCUGGAAAAUGUUGAAUUUGAUUCCAAUGACGAGACACUCACUGUUGGCUCCAAUAAAAACACACCUCUCUUAGGACUGGUCCUUACUCCUACAAGAGAAUUAGCUGUACAAGUAAAGCACCACAUUGAUGCAGUUGCAAAGUUUACAGGCAUUAAGACUGCAAUCCUAGUAGGAGGCAUGGCUGCACAGAAGCAAGAACGUGUGCUGAAUCGAAAGCCAGAAAUUGUAAUUGCAACCCCAGGCCGUCUGUGGGAGUUGGUUAAAGAGAGACACCCACAUCUUUCAAAUCUUCGUCAACUCAGGUGCCUUGUGAUUGAUGAAGCAGACCGAAUGGUUGAGAAAGGUCACUUCUUGGAGCUGUCUCAGUUGCUGGAAAUCUUAAAUGAUUCACAGUAUAACCCUCGACGACAGACUUUUGUUUUUUCUGCCACUUUGACUUUAGUCCAUCAGACUCCUGCAAGAGUUUUACAAAAAAAGAAUGCUAAAAAGAUGGACAAGAAGACCAAACUAGAAUUGUUAAUGGAAAAAGUAGGAAUAAAGGGCAAACCCAAAGUAAUAGACUUAACAAGGAAAGAGGCUACUGUUGAGACACUGACAGAAACCAGAAUCCACUGUAACACCAAUGAGAAGGACUAUUAUCUCUAUUACUUUCUUCUCCAGUAUCCAGGAAGAACCAUGGUCUUUGCAAACAGCAUAGACUGUGUAAAACGCCUCAGUUCUCUCCUCACAAUCCUAAAUUGUGAUCCUCUUCCUUUGCACGCCAACAUGCACCAAAAGCAAAGGCUGAAAAACCUGGAAAGAUUUGCUGAGCGAGAGAGCUGUGUCCUCCUGACAACAGAUGUUGCAGCUCGUGGUCUUGAUAUUCCUAAUGUCCAGCAUGUCAUCCACUACCAGGUGCCUCGCACCUCGGAGCUCUACGUGCACCGCAGCGGCCGCACGGCCCGAGCCGCCCACGAGGGCCUCAGCCUGCUGCUCAUUGGCCCCGAGGACUUGAUCAACUUCCGGAAAAUCUAUAAAACACUGGAGAAGAGUGAAGAGCUGCCAUUCUUCCCAGUUGAUGCCAAGUGCAUGACUUCUAUUAAGGAACGGAUGAACUUGGCAAGGCAGAUUGAGAAGGCAGAAUUUUUCAACAGUCGGGCAAAGCAGCACAACUCCUGGCUCCAGCAAGCUGCAGAGGCUCUUGAGAUGGAUCUUGAUGAUGACAUGUUGAUGGGGAGAAAAGCGAGUGAGCAAGAAGAAAGCCAGAAGCAAAAGAUGCUGAAGGGGAUGAAAAAACAACUGAAACAUAUGUUGUCCCAGCCACUGUUUAAAGUCCUUAUGAAAACCAAGUACCCAACACAGUCUGGAAAACUACUCUUGCCUCAGACAUCAGAGAGCAUUUCAGCUCUAGGUGCCAUGUCCAAAAAGCAAGCCAAGAAGAAGAAAUCAAUAAAAUAAAAUUAGAUAACAGCAAGAUCAUUCAGUGUGACAGAAGCAAGGACUAUCCUCAAUCAAGGCUGUGAGUGCUUAUGGAGGAUCCCAGCUAGAAGACAGAUUGUGUAAGGAUGUUGCCUGUGUAUUGGUUGUGCAGGCACAAAACAAAAUGCUGAUUUAAAGGGCUUAAUUAACAUCUGGUUAGUUACUGUUGAAUCUUGUCUUGGAUCUUGGUUUUUUAUGUUCUUAUUUUUUUUCACAAAUCUCUAUAUUAAUAGAAGAUAAUUAGUUUUCACAUAGUUUUGAUAAUUACUCCACUUUGUGAGAUGGGUAAGAGUUACUGAGUGGAAUUCACUGUGGGCAUACUCUAAUGGUAAAACUUGAUUUGAAUUUUAAUGUUUUUGAAGGACAGGGGAAGGUCAGCUAUAUAACAGUGCAAGUACAGACUGAGCUGGUGGUAGUGGGAGGUUUGGCUUUUACUGCCUCCAGCUCAGUAUGGAAGGCAGAAAAUACAGAUUAUGUUACCAGUAAGUCUACAGUUCUGGUUAUGGAAAUGUCCCUGUUUUCUUUUUCCUCUGAUAAUAUUUCUGUUCUGUUCUCCACGAGGUUUCAUUCUCUUAGUCCUGUGUUAAUGCAUUUGAAUAUGCAAAAAAAGUUAGGGUGGCAGUGAGUCAGGACUGACUUUGGGAGAUGUGUAAAUUUCUGAGAAGUGUUGCUACUCAGUGUUUUCAUGAUUAAUAUUUGAAGUUAAGCCUGUAUUUGAAAACAUGUUAGAACCAUGAUCUUCACUGUAAUAGAGGGGAUGAUGUUUUGAAAUGUCACUUUUGAAGAUUGCUCCAUGAUAAUUGUGCUUUUAAAUAAUUCUAACCUGAUCUAAGCAAAUAUUUUUUAAACUGUUUUUUAAAAUAUGUCAGAAAAAGAUA